GAGGGAGUUAGGGGGGGGUGGCAAAGAACAGACUUGGAAGGUGCUACUUGGAGGAGGCGGGGCGCACGUGGGAACCCAAAGGGACUGGGCAGUCGCCCACAUCCGCACUUCCCUUCCCCAGCCGUCCCGAUCCUGCCAUGAGCGCUGCGGUGCGGACCGAGCCGCUGCGCGGGGAGCCGCCUCUGCUGGUGCGUGGCCACCCCUACUCGGUGGUGGUCCUGCUUCAGGGCUACGCGGAGCCGGAGGGGGUCGACAACGCGGUACGCGCCGACGGCUCCGUGACGCUUGUGCUGCCUCAGGCCUGGGGCUCAGCCUCCAGCCACCAAGAGUCCCCGCCCCACAGCGGCGGGGCGAAGACCGCCCUGGAAGAGGCGGCCCGUGGCCCCAUCCUCGUGGACACUGGGGGCCCCUGGGCUCGGGAAGCGCUCCUGGGGGCCCUGGCGGGGCAGGGCGUGGCCCCUGGAGACGUGACGCUGGUGGUGGGCACCCACGGACACUCGGAUCACAUCGGGAACCUGGGGCUUUUUCCUGGGGCGGCUCUGCUGGUCUCGCACGACUUCUGCCUCCCCGGAGGCCGCUACCUCUCGCACGGGCUAGGUGAGGAGCGGCCCCUGCAGCUGGGCCCCGGGCUCGAGGUGUGGGCCACGCCGGGCCAUGGGGGCCAGCGAGACGUAAGCGUGGUGGUGGCGGGCACGGCCCUGGGCACCGUGGUGGUGGCAGGCGACGUGUUUGAACGCAGCGGAGACGAAGACUCAUGGCAAGCGCUGAGCGAAGACCCGGUGGCCCAGGAGCGGAGCCGGAAGAGGGUCCUAGAUACUGCGGACGUAGUCGUGCCUGGUCACGGAGCCCCCUUUAGGGUGGUCAGAGAAGCCCCUCAGCCACGGAACUGAUGUCCAGAAGACCAGAGGUCAGUGUGAUCGCUUCCAGCCCCCUUGCAAGAGGCCGGUUUUCCAUCGAGGACAGUCAUCUCUAUUACUGGUUCUGCAACCAAACUAGGACCAAGGACUGGCUCAGCCGAGUGCCACCUCUUGGGGGGGGGGGUCCCCCGUAAAGUGGGAGAAUGUUCUUGGGAGGGUCGUCCAAAAUAAAAAUAGGAAACUGCAUGGAAAAUCAUAAAGCCCUAAGAAAUGAUGGCUGGAGUCUGAGCAGCCAUCUUGGAUCAGGAGGCAACCUUCAGGACAGAAGCCAGGAGCCAGGACAGUGAGCAAGAAGUUAGAAGCCUGAAUGCUUGAGGACAGCAGCCUCUGCCAUCCGCUUCCUCAUCCUUUUCUGUGAGGGGAAACAAGGAACUCUGUCUUAGGUAAACCCUGUUACUUUUCAUCUCUGAUGCCAGCAGGGGAACAUAACUUCUAACCAACAUGUUCUAGAAGUUUCUACACCUGCAUCGGGGAGACAUGAUCAUGCGCAGUGAUGCUUUUACAGAGCUCUGGCAUCUCAUCUGGGUGGAAUCCUGAAAUACCAUCUUCUGUUCCCUCAGUGACUGUCACAGCUCUUCCUCUCCGACCCUCAGCCUCACUCUAGAGACAACUGCUGUGACUUUUCCUCUGCAGAAUGAAGAGCAAUUUGUAUAUGUUGAGUUUGUCAAUAGUUUUCUUCAUGGCUUUUAGGUUUUACGUCAUACUUAGGGAGGCCAUCUCCACUGCAUGGACAUGAGAUGGUCUCACAUGCUUUCCUCCAGUAUGGGGUUAUUUUCCCCCUCAUUUAACUCUUUGAUUGAUCUCUGUGGAAGUUAUUUUGGUGCGAAUUAUGCGAUAAUAUUAUUUUCUCCAGAUGGCUGCUCACUUGUUCCAGCACCGUGUACUGAAUGACUCAUCUUUCCCCAUUGAUUAGAAAUGCUGCUUAUUAACCUACUAAAUUCCUCAAUUUAUUUUGAUCUGUUUCAUCCUGCCUAUUUUGGGGCUUUUCUCUUCUCGGAUAUUGGUUUAUCUGUGUUUUCAUAGGACUGGAUCGAAUCAUUUUAAUCAUUACAGUUUAAAAUUGCAGGCACUAAUGCUCAUAUGGUCCUUAUUCUGUGCCAGGAUCUACUCUCGAUGCGUUACAUGUGAUUGUCAUGACAACCCCCCGGGUGAGUGUUAUUAC